AUGGUUUUGCUUCCCUUAAAAUCAGAGGAGGUGGGCCAAAAAGAAGAUAACAAACACCGAUUGAUUAAUUACACUUUUGCAGGAUCACCCCUUACCACAACGUUAGCGCAAACAGUUGCAACACAAGCGGUCCAUACAACUGAAAAACAUCUGACAACAGUUGCAACACACGCGGUCCAGACAACAAAAGCACCUUUGACAACACAAACAUCAACAGUGCCUCCAACAACAACGUCAAGCGACCCUGUAAACCAUGACUGCAACAAGUUCUCAGUGGUCAGCGAUUUGUCACAUGGCCAGCCUGUUGCCAAUGGUCACGCUCCAAAUUGUUCGUCUGGAUCGUAUGCUUCGACGGAAGCGUUUGUUUUAAACAAUUGCAACGUAACCACCCCUGAUUUGUGGCAUCCAGGAAUGCAGGUUAUGAGUAAUUGCAACGCUAUUCCGGCGUAUACGGCAGUUGGUACGUACUUGGAAGGGAUUUAUGCUGUUGGCACUGGCUUAUCAGGCGUUUUUCUCGAAUGCAUUCCCAACGGUUUCAAGAUUGCCUUUCAAGUUGCCUGCGACAAGUCGCCAGAAAUCCGACAUAUUGAGCAAGGAGGUCUUGGCUUUCUCGACCCCAACACCUAUUACAUAAUUGUGUAA